AUGGCAAAGGCAUACACGCAGGAUGAUUUCGAUGAGUUAAUGGAAAAGGUUCAAAAGGUAGAUAUGCGCGAGGCAGAGUAUUUGGAAUCGGCUGGUAGAGACAAGUGGGCUAGAUUGUAUGCAUCUGUUAACCGAGGGUGGACAAUGACUUCUAACAUAGCAGAGUGCAUUAACCGACAUCUUCUAGCAGUUAGAGAACUGCCUAUAUAUGACUUUCUCGAAGAAGUUAGAAGAAUGUUUGGGAGAUGGAAUUACAAUAACCGGAGAAAUGGAACAUACACGUUCACUACACUCGGUAAAAAGUUUCAGGAGAUGCUAUCAAUCAACGAGUAUCUAUGUCUACGAAUGACGGUAGAACCGUCAACCGAAUUCAUGUACACAGUACAUGAUAGAGGACGGCGAUUCAUUCUUAAUUUGAAUAGCAAAACUUGCAGUUGUCGUAUGUUUCAACUAGAUGAAAUCCCCUGCCCGCAUGCAUGGGUUGUCAUUAAAAAGAAAAAUGUGGUUGCUGAGGAUUAUUGCUCUGAUUUGUUCAAACCGGAGACCGUGUUUAAGACAUAUGAUGUACCUGUGGAUCCUCUACCCGACGAGCGUGAAUGGAACAUUCCCAAAAACAUCUUGGAGGAUGUGGUUUUGCCACCAAGAUACAAGAGACCGCCUGGUAGGCCAAAGAAUAGGCGUGAUAAGCCUUUAAGUGAAUUGUUGUUUGGAAAGAGCAGACAUGCUUGCAGUACUUGUGGACAACUUGGGCACAACAGACGUUCAUAUAUCCACACUUGUGGACAACCCCGUAGACAAUAA